UUGAUUUUAGCAAAAACUGGUAUUUUCGUAAAUAACCUUUAAAAAUCCUUUGAAGACAAGUUUCCCUUAUAUUAUGACUAUAGAAAAUAUCAAAGCUUUGGAAAUUUACGAUAGUCGGGGAAAUCCAACUCUUGAAGUAGAUUUAAAAACAGAUCAAGGAUGUUUUGUCUCUAUGGUUCCAAGUGGAGCUAGUACCGGAAUUCACGAAGCUCUGGAAUUAAGGGACAAUGAUCCUAAAGUUCAUAGUGGAAAAGGAGUCUUGAAAGCAAUCAAAAAUGUGAAUGAAAUCAUUUCUCCAGAAUUGAUUUCAAAAAAAGUUGAUGUUUCAAAUCAAACUGAAGUUGAUAAAUUGAUGAUUAGCCUAGAUGGAACAAUAAAUAAAUCUAAGCUUGGUGCAAAUGCAAUUCUUGGGGUAUCCAUGGCCUGCUGCAAAGCUGGUGCUGCUAAAAAAGCGGUACCUUUAUAUCAACAUAUUGCUAAUUUAUCUGGAAAUAAAAACCUUAUACUUCCAGUCCCAUCAUUUAAUGUAAUUAAUGGAGGUUCACAUGCAGGAAAUCAAUUAGCAAUGCAAGAAUUUAUGAUUAUGCCUGUUGGAGCUUCAAACUUUAGAGAGGCUAUGAGAAUGGGAACUGAAACAUAUCACACAUUAAAAAAAUUGUUAAAAGAUAAAUAUGGGCUUGCUGCCACUGCUGUUGGGGAUGAAGGGGGUUUUGCUCCAGAAGUCAAUGAUGCAAAAGAAGUUCUUGAAAUUUUGACCCAAGCUAUAAAUCAAGCUGGUUAUAAAGGCAAGAUAAAAAUAGCACUUGAUGUUGCUGCUUCAGAAUUUUUUAAAGAUGGAAAAUAUGACCUACAGUUUAAAAAUCCUAAAUCAGAUAGAUCAAAAUGGCUUAGUGGUGAACAACUUUCAGACUUUUAUGUUGAAAUGGUAAAUACUUAUCCAAUUAUUUCAAUUGAGGAUCCUUUUGAUCAAGAUGAUUGGCCUAGUUGGCAACAUUUUUUUCAAAAAAUUGGUGACAAAAUAUCUAUUGUUGGUGAUGACCUUACAGUCACUAAUCCAACAAGGAUUCAAAAUGCUAUUGAUAAUAAAGCAUGUAACUGCUUACUUUUAAAAGUAAAUCAAAUUGGAUCAUUAACUGAAUCUAUUCAAGCUUCUCAAUUGGCGACAAAGCAUAAUUGGACUGUUAUGGUCUCACACAGAAGUGGUGAAACUGAGGAUUCUUUUAUUGCAGAUUUAGUUGUAGGAUUAGGAACAGGAAAAAUUAAAAGUGGUGCUCCCUGUCGUUCAGAGAGAUUAUGUAAAUAUAAUCGCUUACUUCAUAUUGAAUAUGAAUUGGGACCUGCUGCAAAAUAUGCUGGAUCUCUUAGCCAAAAAUAAUUUAGAAUUUCUUAAAGCAUUUUAGAAAAUAUCAAAAAAAGUUACCUGGGAACAUAAAAGUUCUUACCUUGUGAUGACUUAUUCUAUAAAAUUAACACACAACAAUCCCUAACAAGCUUCAAAUCUACAAACAAUUGCUCAUUUUUUAUAUAAUUUUUUUUAUUGAAUUUAUGUUGAAAUUUAUAAAUUAUAAUGUAUGUUUUAUUUUAAAGGUUACUUGGAAACAUUAAAGAUCUUACCUUGUGAUGACUUAUUCUAUAAAAUUGACACACAACAAUCCCUAGCAAGCUUCAAAUUUACAAACAAUUACUCAUUUUUUAUAUAAUUUUUUUUAUUGAAUUUGUUGAAAUUUAUAAAUUAUAUCUUUUGAUAUUAUUUUUUUAAAUAGAGUUUUAAAAAUAAAUUUCUCUUAAUGAGCUCCCAUAAUGUUCUU